AUGAGCCUCAACUGCGGAAUCACCACGCUCAUCAACCAGCGGCAGUACGUGGGGAUACUGGUAGGCUCACUCACGCUCGCCCACGAGAUCGGUCACACCUUCGGAUCGCCCCACGAUAAUGGGCCCAUCUGCGAGCCGGAUGGUCCCGAUGGAAAGUACCUGAUGUACGCGGCUGCGUCCAGGGGGGACCGGCCCAACAACAGCCGCUUCUCGCCCUGCAGCAUCGGCAACAUCAGCGAAAUCUUGGUGCCUUUAUUCAACGGCGAGAUAUCGCGUGGGAAUUGUUUCCAGAGGAAGAGCGGUCCCGUGUGCGGCAACCAGAUCGUAGAGGGCGACGAGCAGUGCGACUGCGGCGCGAACGAGGCCGAGUGCACGGACAAGUGCUGCUACGCGCGGCACGCGGAGAACAAGUCGCUCGCCUGCCACCUCAAACCGCCCGCCAAGUGCAGCCCCACGGCUGGCCCCUGCUGCACGGCAUCCUGCGACUUCGUGCCGAAAGGAGAGCUGUGCAGCGAAGAGACCGAGUGCACAGAGCGGUCGUAUUGCGAAUAUCCUUUAAUAUUGUUACAGUCGUGCUGGCUUCGCACUGGGACCCGCGCUAAGUGCCCCGAUGCGCCGGCCAAGGCCAACCUGACGGCGUGCAACAAGAACACCCAGGUGUGCCUGUCGGGUGAAUGCAAGGGCUCAGUCUGCGAGAAGUACGGACUGAUGGAGUGCUUUCGCAAUCCCGAGGGGCUGAGCAUGUCGGAGCAGUGCCUCCUCACCUGUCGGGCACCCGGUUCUAAAGAGUGCAAAGUUGCGUGUGCGUUCUCGAACAUGGCCAGCCACUGCGGUGCCAAGCUGCAGCCUGGAUCUCCGUGCAAUAACAUGCGUGGAUACUGCGACGUCUUUCACAAGUGCCGCCUCGUGGAGCCACGCGGUUUCCUGACGCGGCUGCAGGGCUUCUUCUUGGGAGGGGAGUCAAUCGACACCCUGUACGAGUUCGUGGCUCACCACCCUUUCGCCGCGUGCAUUGUGGUCCUCGGCUCGUCGUGGUUCAUGGUGCUCGUGUUCCGCUGCUUCGCCGUGCACACGCACAGCAGCAACCCUCUGAAGCAGCCGCCGUUCAAGCUCAAGGAGACACUGCGGCACCCCAUCGAGAGCCUCGUCUCUGCCUGGGGCUCCUUCGACACAGACCACCAUGUUCUGUCAGCGCCCGAGGUGGGGCCGGAUAGGAAAGGGAAGCGGGCAUUCUCUUUGCAGGAUCUAAUUAUAAACAUCGGCGACGGCGACCACACAUAG